CGACACCGGGAAAUGUGAGAGAUUCCAAAGAAUGCUCCACCUCAAAUUCCUCUAAAACCAACUCCUCAAGAAUGGCAGUCCUCAGAAACCUCCACCGCCGCGAAGCUACGGCUGCCGGAACCGGUGUGGCCAGCUUGGGGUUGCGAUACGGAGGCUGUUUGCGUGACACCCCCCUCCACCUCCCGCCUCCUCCCGCCGCGUGGUUGCCGUGGCAACGGAAGAGAGCCGGCGACCUGGGUUCCGGAAGCCGGAGUGCUGGAGCUUGGAAGCUACCCUGGUCCAAGGAUGCUGAGUCCCGAGCGCCUAGCCCUACCGGACUACGAGUAUCUGGAAGUCUUUUCCGGGACAAGGAAAGAUCUCCUGCCAGAGAAAUUAGGUUAGGAACUCAGCAGCAUCUUCAGAGAGCCAUGGCCCAAGUGCUGGCAACUCUCGAGGCCUGUGUAGCUGUCCUUUCAUCUCCCCACCUAGUCGGUACUUCACACUCAGCCACCUCCCUCCCCCAGCCUGUCUGGUCCUUGACCAUUUUUAACAGUGUAUGUCAGGGAACUCACAUUCUCUUUCGGGAAUUCAGCUUCAUCCAGGCCACCCCUCACAAUAGGGCAUCAUUCUUACGGGCCUUCUGGAAAUGCUUCCGAACUGUGGGCAAAAAUGGCGAUUUGCUGACCAUGAGAGAGUAUCACUGUUUGCUGCAACUGCUGUGCCCGGAUUUCCCACUGGAGCUCACUCAGAAAGCGGCCAGGAUCGUGCUCAUGGAUGACGCCAUGGACUGCCUGAUGUCUUUUUCAGAUUUCCUUUUUGCCUUCCAGAUCCAGUUUUACUACUCAGAAUUCCUGGAGAGCGUGGCCGCCAUCUAUCAGGACCUGCUGGCGGGCAAGAACCCCAAUACGGUGAUUGUGCCGACGUCAUCCAGCGGGCAGCACCGUCAGCGGCCCCCUUUGGGUGAGGCGAGCCUGCUGGAGGGAGUGGAGGCCUCGCUGUUCUCCCAGUGCCUGGAGAACUUGUGCGACCGGCACAAGUACAGCUGUCCACCCCCAGCACUUGUCAAAGAGGUACUAAGCAACGUUCAGAGACUGACCUUCUACGGAUUCCUUGUGGCUCUUUCAAAGCAUCAUGGAAUCAAUCAAGCCCUAGGAGCUUUGCCUGACAAAGGGGACCUGAUGCACGACCCAGCCAUGGAUGAGGAGCUGGAACGGCUGGUGGUGAGGUCGAGGCUGCACUGGACCUCGCGGCAGCACAGGGCCGAGGAGCCAGGGGCCUUUGGUUUUCAGAGAAGAGACAAGCUGGAGGCCCCGGAGAGCAUGCCCUCCGCUUCGGCACCAUCGCCCUACCCAUGUCGGUGGGAGCCCAGAGAGUGAGCCAGGGGCCUGCACUGGGCAGGGAGACGGGAUCCAGAAAGGACACGACUUCACUCAGACCAAGAGCGGCCCAGGGCCCUGCCAAGGAUUUAUUUGACACCACUCUGUUUCAAUACAAACAGUCCAGAAAGAAAGUCAAGUCCCUUUGGGGGAGGGGGCAAGGGAAGAAUGGUCUGUGUGGCUUAGGAGCCCAUCCCCUGUCCCCCAGUGGGCAGGGUGGGCCCAAACAGGCAGCACAGCAGGGGGAGAGGGCACCGGGGAUGACACAGUGCACGGCCAGGGGACAAGGCCUGCAAUUCUUUCGGUUUCUCACGCUCUCACUAGGGGGGGUGCUGUCCAGGCCCCCCUUAAGACCAGGAUGAUACAGAAGAAAGCUGAGCCCCCAAAGCCUGCUUCUGUCCCUCAUGCCCUCUGGUUCCUUGGCCAGCAUUACGCUCACAGCAUCCAGAGCAGGGCACAGGGCAGAUGAGACCCAGCAUGGCCACCAAGCAGGGGAAGAAGGGACAGAGGGGCCUGUGCUCCACACCGGGUGGGAUGGAAGGACUCCGAGACACUCAGGAGCAGCAUCCCUCAAGUGAUCACUGUAAAAAGGGGUGGUGAGACAGGACACGACCACUCGGGCCUCCAGUCUGAUCCCAAGUAAAACCUUUAGGUACUGGGUCAAGUUUCUAGCCCUUAAUAAGGCCCGGACGAAGGUCCUUCCCCUCCCCUGCCAUCUCCUGGCAGCAGAAGAGGCCACUGGAGCAGCAAGAGCAGCAAGUCCAGAGCCUCCCUCCCCUGGGGGCUUGUCCACAACAGAACUCUUUCUAGACCUACCCAUGGGUUCCAGAGGAGGGGGGCCAAACCCCGGACAACCUGGAAGGAUCCUAGAGCUGGCAAAAAAGCCUUAUAUGUCUCACUUUCCCUACUUGGGGGAGGGAUGGACCCAGCAGAAGUUCGCCUGAGGGAACUCCUCCCCUCGCUCCCAGCGUGGCCAGACAAGGGAGCAGCAGCUUGGUUUGGGGGCGGGGGGGGG